AUGAAUUAAUUACUAUAUUAAUUUUAAACUAUUGGAUUUGCAUGCGAUAAAGAAUAUCAUACAGGCAUGAAAGAUGUUAAAAAAAAAUUUUAAGAAAUUAAUCAAUUUAAAUAAAGAGCAUUAAAAGAUUUUAAUAAUGUUGAUAAUGUAAUCAAUUCCAUUAGUGAAAUUAUUUAAUAAAAAAAAAUAGAACCUUUAAAUAAAUCAAAUGAUUUUACUACUUAUCAAAAUAAUAAAUAAUUGAGAUUAUAAUCAUGUCUCCAUAAAAUGGGUUAAAUUGAUUAUAAUUAAUAAUAAUUAGAUAGAGAAUCAGGACUUAAAGCUUCUAGUAUAUUUUCUGAUAGAAUAACUUCUAUUAUUCCAUAAACUAAAAUUUCAAAUAAAGAAUUAAACAAAGAAUUAGCUAUUAAUUGUCAUUUACAUGAUUCAAUAAAAUUUGGAUAAAUUAUGGAAUAAACCUUACUUUUACAUUCCUUUCAUAAAGAUUGUAGUGAAAAACUUAAUUCAAAUUUAAGUUUGUUAGAUCCUAAUAAUUUUAAAACUAAAAGAGAUAGAAUUAAAUUCUAAAAACGAAAUGAACUGAAUUCUAAAAGCAUUUAAGCUUAAGAAUAUUAUAUGAAUAAAUUUUAAUUAGAACAUAUGAAAUUAAAAGAUAAAUUAAUUGAUUCUAAUCAAAAAACUCUUAUUAAACAUAAAUAUUUUCAAGAUCAAAAUUAAUUAUCUAAAAGUAUUCAGAACAAAAAAAGAAUAUAAUAAGUUACAGAAAAAAUUAAUAAAAAUAAAAUACUUGUCAUAUAAAAUUUAUUUAAAUAGGGACAUAAUUAAAAAUCUUAAAAAGCAGAGGAAGUUCUUAAAUAUUUGGAAUUAUAUUCUAAAAUUGAUAUAGAAAAUAACUAAAUUUUUGGUUAAAUAAUUGAAAUCAAUAAUUCUUUUUCUAUGAAAAUUGAAACAUUUUUGAGAAGGAUCUUCUUUAAAUUUUCUAAUAAGUAAUGUGAUGAUCUUAAUGAACUACAUAAAUAUAUUGAUUUGAAAGGUUAUCUUGAUUGUUUUCAUCUAUCACAUAUUGAUAUUGAAGAUAAAAAAUUAAUUCAUGUUUAUUAGAAUAAUGUUAAAAUUUAAAAUAAAGAUUAAGAUAGAGGAUUGAAUUUUAAUUUUUUUAGAGAUUCUCUAAUUGACAUUGCAAAUUGCAUUUUUUUAUCACCAACAAAAGAAGAAAAGUUGCUUAGGUAUCUUUUAUUAUUAAAUUAGAUUAGUAGAAGAAAAUUUGUUAGAAAUAUAUAAUGAAGUUCUUGAUUUAAAUGAAAUUAGACUUCUUACUAUUAAAUCAUACUAAGAGUUUAACAAUUUAUUUUAUCCUAUAAUUUAAAAAUUGUUUUUAAUUUAUGGUAAAUAGAUUUAAAAUUAAAAUCAAAAUAAUGAAAGACUCAAUUUGGAUAAGAUUAUUUAAGUGUUUCUAUAAAUUAAAGUAUUUCCUUAGAAGUUUAACAAAUAAUUUAUUAGAAAUUAUUAUUGUUAUGCUGCUGAAUAAGAUGAAGGAUUAAAUUUGAAUUAAUUUUAACAUUUCUUGAACUUAAUGGCUUUGAGCUAAAACAAAAGAAUUUCUAUAAAUAGAGAAGUUAAUAAUAUAAUUCAUUAUAAUUAAUAUAAAUUAUAACAAAAGUUUGAUGAUAUAACUGAAUAUGAGUAAAAGUUAUUUAGGAAAAUAAUGAUAUUUUAUUUUCAUAAUGAAUACUUAGAUUUAUUAAAUGUUGAAUAAGAUUGA